GGUUUCCUGCUCCUCCCUCCCCUCCCAGCUCCAGCUGUUUCUCUGUCUGAGUUCUGUCCCUGUCCCACACAGAACUCUGGGCAGAGUGAGGCUGUCAGGAUGUUGCUGGGGGUGCUGUGCUCCGCGGGGCUCAGAGGAAAUCUUGCAUGAAUGGAUGAAAUGCUUCCAAGCAAACAGACUCUAACAGCACAGCUGUGUGACCCCGAGAAAGAGGCCAGGGCGCGAGCGGCCUGAAGCCACCGGACCCCGAGGGGGAGACCCGGGAGAAGGUUCCGUUUGUAUCUGUCACCUCACAUCUGUGGUAAGGCAGAUGAGAUCAGUUUCCUGGACAGCGAAGAAUUCUUCCUUCAAGAGCCGGGAGCCUGAUAAGGGACAGAAAUAAGUAAAAGAACAUUCUUAGAAGUUUGACGAAGGACCGUGGCUAAGACACCCAUCUUGGAUGGUCCCAGAGGUGUUUCCAGCUGUGCGUAGUGACCAGCUGGCUGGGGACUCACAUUGGAGUUGUAUUCUGCAACAGUGAACCGUGAAGGUCUCCAAAGAGAUGGAGUACUUCGGCACUUACAACGAUUCCAGCAGUUACGAUGAUGAGUACUCUGAUGGCUUCGACACCAUUAUGGAUGUGGAGGAGGUGAACCCGCUGGAGGCCAAGUUGGUGGCCCGCAUCUUCCUGGCGGUGAUCUACAGCGUGGUGUGCUUCCUUGGGAUCCUAGGCAACGGCCUGGUGAUUGUCAUUGCCACGCUCAAGAUGAAGAAGACAGUGAACACGGUGUGGUUCGUCAACCUGGCAGUGGCCGACUUCCUGUUCAACAUCUUCCUGCCGAUCCACAUCACCUACACCGCCAUGGACUACCACUGGGUGUUCGGGAAGGCCAUGUGCAAGAUCAGCAGCUUUUUGCUCAGCCACAACAUGUACACCAGUGUGUUCCUGCUCACGGUCAUCAGCUUUGACCGCUGCAUCUCUGUGCUGCUUCCGGUCUGGUCGCAGAACCACCGCAGUGUCCGGCUGGCCUACAUGACCUGUGUGGUCGUCUGGGUCCUGGCCUUCUUCUUGAGUUCCCCGUCUCUUAUCUUCCGGGACACGAGCCAUGUGCACGGGAAAACUACCUGCUUCAACAACUUCAGCUUGUCUGCCCCCGAGUCGUUCCCGCACUCCGCUCACUCCCGAAUCGAUCCUGCAGGGUUCAGUAGACUCAUGGUGGUCACCAUCACCCGCUUCCUUUGUGGCUUCCUGGUCCCCGUCUGCAUCAUCACGGCCUGUUAUCUCACCAUCGUCUUCAAGCUCCAGCGCAACCGCCUCGCCAAGACCAAGAAGCCCUUCAAGAUCAUCAUCACCAUCAUUGUCACCUUCUUCCUGUGCUGGUGCCCCUACCACACCCUCUACCUGCUGGAGCUCCACCACACAGCUGUGCCGGCCUCUGUCUUCAGCCUGGGACUGCCCCUGGCCACUGCCAUCGCCAUCGCCAACAGCUGCAUGAAUCCCAUUCUCUAUGUCUUCAUGGGGCAUGACUUCAAGAAGUUCAAAGUGACUCUCUUCUCCCGCUUGGUCAACGCCCUGAGUGAGGACACGGGACCCUCCUCUUACCCUAGUCACAGGAGCUUCACCAAGAUGUCAUCACUGAACGAGAAGCCCUCCGUGAAUGAGAAGGAGACCAGCGCACUCUGA